AUGUUACCAUUAGGAACAAUCCUCGUACCAGCCUCUGAAUAUAUGGUUGUACCCGUAUCUCAGUUUUAUAUUGUACCGAUGCUUCAACAAGUUCCAAAUCCAAAUGAUUGUGUUUUUACUAUGCAGCAAACAACACCAGUGCUUUGGACAAAUGUCUCAAAUUCAAGCUUGAAUGACCAUGAAAAUAAUACCAUACAAAGAAGUACAAUAUAUCCAAUUACUAGUGCCGAUGAUCUCUCGUACACCAACAUGGAAAAUAUGAACAAUUCAUAUGACAUUCACGAUACACCUUAUGAUUUAAUUGAUGAUGAUGAUGAUAACGAAACAUCAAUAUAUUAUUUAUCAGAUAGUGAUAACUCAGAUAUAGUUUAUUUGAAUUCCAGUAGUGAUAUGAGUAUCAGUAACAUAAGUGAUACUGACAAUGAUGAUGACCACGAUGAUGAAGUUGACGACUAUGUUGAUAAUGAUGAUGAUGAGCCAAUCACUGGUGGAUAUUGGCUCUAA